AUGGCUACCCCGGGUGCUCAGAUCUCCAAGCGGAGAAAGUUCGUCGCCGACGGUGUCUUCUACGCCGAGCUGAACGAGUUCUUCCAGCGCGAGCUGGCCGAGGAGGGCUACUCCGGCGUCGAGGUCCGCGUCACCCCGACCGUCACCGACAUCAUCAUCCGCGCCACCCACACCCAGGAGGUUCUUGGCGAGCAGGGCCGCCGCAUCCGUGAGCUCACCUCGCUCAUCCAGAAGCGCUUCAAGUUCCCCGAGAACAGCGUCUCCCUCUACGCCGCCAAGGUCCAGAACCGCGGUCUGUCCGCCGUCGCCCAGUGCGAGUCCCUGCGCUACAAGCUGCUCAAUGGCCUGGCCGUCCGCCGUGCUUGCUACGGUGUCCUGCGCUUCAUCAUGGAGAGCGGCGCCAAGGGCUGCGAGGUUGUCGUCUCGGGUAAGCUCCGUGCCGCCCGUGCCAAGUCCAUGAAGUUCACCGACGGCUUCAUGAUCCACUCCGGCCAGCCCGCCAAGGACUUUAUCGACUCGGCCACCCGCCACGUCCUGCUGCGCCAGGGUGUUCUGGGUAUCAAGGUCAAGAUCAUGCGCGGCUCCGACCCCGAGGGCAAGGCCGGCCCCCAGAAGUCGCUGCCCGACUCCGUCACCAUCAUCGAGCCCAAGGAGGAGCAGCCCGUCACCCAGCCCAUCAGCCAGGACUACGGUGCCAAGGCUGCCCAGCAGGCCGCGGCCGCCGAGGCUGCGCGCGCUGCCGAGGCCGCCGCCGCGGCACCUGCAGACGAGGAGGCUGCCCCCGCUGAGCAAUAG